AAUCUACUUCAGCUGAUAAUUAUCUUAAGUGGCUUAAAGCAGUAGUAAAAUGGAAGAAAAUCAGAAAAGUUCCUAAAGAUUUUUAUCUAAUAUGCUAUCUAUCAAAUAUGGCAGAAUCUGAUAUUUUAAUUGUAUUUCACUUUUCAAUAGUUGAUAAAAUAUUAUUAGAUAGAGAAGAUUAUAUAUUGUUAGAUAAAAAUGAAAAAGAUGAUGAAUUUAAAAAACAAAAAUCCUAUAUUCUUAAUAUUUAG